GCUCCCUCCUUAUAAUCAACUGCCGCACCUAUCUAGUCUUGAGCUAAAGCAUCCAAACAGAAGCGCUCCCUUGCACUCUCCCACACACACAUAUAUAGACGCACUGAAAAUGCCGCUGGUACUCACACAUCCACGUACGAGGCAACUGCCCAUACUCUGCGCUUCGUCGUUGCUACUCCUCUGCGCACUACUCGUUCAGGGCUCACCCACACCCAACACAGAAGCGUCCAGUACUGUUAAUCAUACAACAGCCGACAGCAAUAACUACAACUGCCCUGCAGACUGUGAAUGCGUACUGGCGCAGCAUACACACUCGCCUUUCCUGCACGCCAAAUGUUCCAGCUUGGAGGGUUUGCGUUCCUACGAAGCCAAAGAAGAUUCACUGCCCAUACAUUCGCUGGAUCUGUCAUAUUUGAAUUUGAAACGGUUGUCACAUCCGCUGGAGAAACUGCCCGAUGUGACAUCAAUUGAUCUGUCACACAAUGAGCUGCACGAAAUUGGUCACCUUGGACGACGCAUUAAGAAGUUGAACCUCAAGCACAACCGCAUUACAUCGAGCAAGUUGGCUAAGUUGCCAGCACAUUUGCAGGUUUUGAAUCUGCAACAUAAUGACAUCACCAGCCUGCCACUGGAAUUUACACGGCUUUCGAAUUUGGUGACACUCGAGUUGAGCCACAACCAGAUCAACUGCUCUUGCGAAACUCUGGAGGUGCGCAACUGGCUUCAGGAGCGUCAUGUGUUCAUGGAACACGCCGUCACAUGUACGUAUCCGACCGAGGCUAAAGGCAAGCCAUGGUUGCAGGUCAAACAGUCGGACAUUUGUGCGCACGAAAAAAACGGUCGUGACGAGGAAGACAAUGAACUGAUGAUGGGCGACCAGCCGAUCGAGGGCUCGGGCGAUCUGGACGAUGAAGAUGAGUUGGGAAAGGCAUUUAUACCCAUCGAUAAGGCGAGCACAGCCAAGACGAGCUCGGUACAAUUGGACACAGUUGAAGGCUCCGGCGAUUUGAGUGACAUAAAUGCGCCAGUCAAUUUAGCUAUGACAACUGUUGUGCCUGAUAUAGAGGACUCGGAAGAACAUUCUACAACUGAUGCGCCACAUCUAGCGAUUGAGCAGGCGGAAGAAGAGGAAGAUGGUUCUGGUAGCGGUGCUGGUCCAUUGAUAAUACCCAACAUAGCACGCGGUCCUCUCUUUACCGAUGAUUUCGAGGCACCCGAUGAGGAUGACACCGAUGACGCUUUCGACAACAAACCCGUUGAACAACCCGCACCAGAAGAGGAUGUGGAGGAAGACAAGGAGGAGGAGGAAGAGGAGGUGCACAGAAAUGGAGCAGAUAUCUUCGGUGCCGGUAUGGGAAUAUUCGACACUAGUGGUUUUGAAGAGGAAAAAACUGAAGCACACGCAGACGACAAAGCUCUUGAACCGGUAACCGAAGACGCCAUUGUUCCAGCUGUGCAACAAAAUGCUGAAUCGGAGGGUGUGUUCGGUGUAAACACUGAGGGACCUACCAGCGGCGAAGCUAGCCCCAUUUUAACCGCAAAUGUAUCCAACGAUUCAAAGGACGAUAGCAAUGCCACCUACUUUUUGCUGGGUGUGCUCGGUUUAAUUGUUGUCGGCUUGAUACUCUAUGUGGGCAUCAAGCGCUGCAAACACAACCAUAAUGCCGCGCACGAUGCGGAAAACCCACGCCAAACCGAAUUGCUCGACAUGGACAAGAAGAACUUAGGCAAACCAUUGCGCAACGGCAACGAACAUUCACCACUCAUUGGUGACCAAACCAAAUCGGAUCACGCGAAACCGAUUAAUGGCACCGGCCAGAAGAAACCCUACGACGCCAACGAUGUCAAAGACGGACCCAACCAACAACAGCCAUUGUUGAACGGCAAUAAUGGCACCGGCCCCGGUGAUCAUGUGACCAAAGAGAGCGCACCACCGGCCACAGAAGCAGCUGCACCACACGAUUAUCAUCCCAUCACACCACGUUACCCCACACCGAAGUCGCCACGUGCCUCCAAGUAUGCACAAUACCCACAAGCGGGUGCCGAGCACAAUAACAACAAUGACGAUAGUUAUCUGCCUUCGUCGCCGAAAUCAGGACGCUACUCUCCCGUCUAUUCACCAGAAACGGGACGUGUUAAAAUCAAACUAACCGAAACACCUCGUCCCAAAACGCCCAUGUUGGUGACACGCAGCAAAUCGAAUGCGGGCGAUAUCAUAACGACGCCUGUGUUGGCGACGAACGGCAUCGACAACAGUCUUAGUGUACCCGGCGUGCAUGCGCCCACAACGACGCUGGUGAAUGGCCACUAAGCGGUGUGGCGUAAAGUGGUGCGGUGCGGUGCGGCGGUGCGAUGCAGCGCUAAGCAGUGAGGCGGAAGGUUAGGGAUUGAUGCAGUCAUACUGGGGCUAAAUACGAGUGCUGUGCCGUGUGCGUCUAAUCGGUGCUAACGAACUAGAAAUAAUAAAAUCAAUUUAAAAGAACAAAAUUUUUCAAAAAAUAAAAAACAAAGUGUAAAAUGUGAAACUAA